GGUAAACUACAAGUUUAUUAUAUAUCUUGAUAAACGAUAUACAUAAUUUGAUACGGAUUUGAAUAUUUUUGUUCUUAUUUGUAAUAAUAUCAAAAGAUCAGCCCCAAAUUUGUUUAUUCAACUUGGCCAGGCCAAGGCGAACAUCCCGAGUCAUCGUCAACGCUGGGGUUGAGCUGGUAUUCUGGUCCCGGUCCCUUGCAUGUUCCACCACCACGCCCAUGGUCUUUGGCACCGGGCACCUUCCUGGCUUCCUCAUCGCACCAUCCGCAGCAAAUACCACGGGAAACACAGCCACCGUUUCACAGUUCGCCUCGCCUCGCCUCGCCUCCCUCUCCUCUAUAUAACCAGCGGGUCGCUUCAGCUCGCCCUGACCUGUCCACAGUCCACCAUACAUAUCACUCUCCGCUCCGCCAUUGUUGCUCCUUAUUAGUAGUUCGUCCCGCGUCCCUUGACAGUUCUAUCUAUCCCCACCACAAAUAAGAGACCACCUCUCUGCCUUCUUCUCGGAGGUCGGAGAAGAGCUCUCUGCUUCAUUCGGCCGGUCCAACUCCACCGACCGAUCCAAUCCAACCCACUGACCAUGGGGUUCCCGCCGGUGUGCUGCUGCGCCCCCAUCCCCAAGCCGGUCGUCGCCUUCUGCAACCUGCUCGGCGCCAUCAAGGACGCCGUCCUGCUGACGCUCGCCGCCGUGGGCUUCCCGCACGACGCCGCGCGCGGCUCGGCGGACGCCCACCAGCCCGAGGAGGUGAAGACCCGGCUCCCCGCCGUGGAGUACGCCCAGCUCCUGGCCGAGCAGCAGCCGUCGCCCGCCACCCACGCGGCCUGCAUCGUUUGCCUGGACACGCUGGAGGCGGCGGACGAGGUGCGGCGGCUGGGCAACUGCGCGCACGCCUUCCACCGGGCCUGCAUCGACCGUUGGAUCGACCUAGGCCGGACGACGUGCCCGCUGUGCCGCUCCGACCUCCUGCCAAGCCCCCGGGGCCGGGCCGGGCUGCUCGGGCUGGGCCGGCUCGCCAGCCGUCUCACGCGCGUUCGCGUUUGGUGAGGACCGUCUCGGAGGCCACUUUUACCUUUUCGGUGGCCAGGCCGCGGUCGCAGCCCAUCCCGGUGGUGCCGGAACGGCGCGGACACGUUAGCGACGGCGACCGGGCCGCCGGAUGGUCUUAAAUCUGCUCUGCCACUUGCCAACCGCUAAUCAACCAGCGGGCUUAAUUAGCAGCGGAUUGGCUUGGUGUCUGACAGUCGAUAUUAUGACAGCUAAAUAAGCAGUUAAAUGUUUCUAUAGGAUUGAGUAUACACGGCAGCUAAAUGUUUCGUAUACAGUGGCGGACGCAGGACGAAAAUUCAGGAGGGGCCAAAAAGAUCAUAUGAGAGUCAUGAUUUUCUA